CCACAUAUUUGAGGAGGUGGAUGACGACCGCAGCAGGAGGGAGGACAGGGGCGCCCUGGACAGCCAGAUCAGGGCCGUCACUGAGCUGCUGGAGGGACUCAAGAGGCAGCGCGGGGCCGCGCCCUCCGGCGGGGCCGCUCUCCCUGCGGCGGGGUCCUAG